GAGGGUGUGUGUGUGUGUGUGUGUGUGUGAAAAAGAGGAGGGGGCAAAAAGAUGGAGCAAAAUCUGUGGAACAGGUCUUAUGCUUCCUGACUGCCGUUGACUAAAACAGAGCUGGGAAGCCCUGAAAGAAAAGGGAGGCGACGCAGGAGGGAAAGGCAAAAGCUCUGCCUUAAGUAAAAAAAGAGAAGAAACGCGCCGGGAGCAGAAGCCCCGCGUUGGCAGCGCCCCACUGAGGCGGCGGGCGCACCGAGUGGCGGGCGCUCUCGUCCGGAGGAGAAGCCAGGCUUUGCGGCAGCCGGAGGGGCCGUGAGGAGCAGCGCAUCUCCGCCCGUUGCUCUCUCAGGCGCAUCCCCAGCUCAGCUCUGACUCCGCCUGUAUUGCCGCCGCCGCCGCCGCCGCUCUGCCUCUUGGGCUCCUGCGCUGCUUCCAGCCGCGGACGCUCGGCCGCUACCCGAAAUUUUCCCGCCGCCGCCUCCGCCCGAAGACCAGCCGAGCGUGUCCACCCGGGGGUCAUGCCCGCGCCCGGCUGCCUCCGCCCCGCCUGCCUCCAGCUCGGCGGGUGAGGCAGCCUCCUCCGCCGCCGCCGCCCAGGUAAGGCUCCGGAUGCACUACAAUCCUGUGGCACUUGAGAUUUGUCCAAGGCUUUCUGAAAAUUUCAAGCAUAUAACUCUUUGAUUAUCCAUGUCUACACUGACAUUCAAAAAAGCAAAAAGAACAUUGAUUUAUCUUAGAAGCAUCUGCCAUUGAGUUUUUGAGGAAAAUGGAAAGUGUGAGUGAACUUCAGAAUCCACUGUUGGCCAAGAACAAUGGACACCUUCAUGGUAGCUGUACUUAUCAUCAGGAUUAUCACGGUCAUCGUUGUCAUGGCAAAUUAUAUUCCUAUAUCUUCCAAAAUUCAGGUAAUGCAAGGACACACCAGUUGUUGGAUGCCAGUUCUCUUCAACUAGCUGUUGAAGCACUGUAUGGUCCAAAUUUCAUUCUGGUGAAGGAUGAAAGCAGUGUCAAAGUAAAGGACAACAAAGGUGACAAUUGUGAGACAACCUUCAUGGAAAACAAAGACCCGUCCGUUGAUGUUUCUGAUGAGCAAGAAACACAGGGAAGAUCUCUAAUGGAAAAUGAUAUCAAAAUCCAGACAGUAUCUUAUGAAGUAGAGGAAGAGGAAUUGCAGGAAUAUGAGAGUGACUCUUCAAGUGACAGUGAGAGUGAAGAUAAUUUUCUGAUGCUUCCUCCACGAGACCACCUAGGCUUAGCCAUUUUCUCAAUGCUCUGCUGUUUUUGGCCCCUGGGAAUUGCUGCCUUCUGUUUUUCUCAAGGGACAAGUAAGGCCAUCUCCAAGGGGGACUUUCACCAGGCAAGCUCAGCUUCUCGACGAGCACUCUUCCUCGCUGCACUUUCAAUUACCAUCGGCACAGGGGUAUAUGUUGGAGUGAUUGUAACACUGAUUGCCUACCUCUCUAAAGGUGGGCAUGUAUAAUAAAGACUGUUACAUAAAAUGCCCGUCAUUCUUCCCACAUGGAUAAGCCUCCUGGAUUAAGUGCUUUAAAUGCCAUAAAGGACAACAUGCUUACAGACUGAAAAGGAGCUUUUUUUCCCACUCAUACAUUCAAAUGAAUUGUAUAGACUUUUUUUUUUUUUGAAUGAACACUGACCUACUUUACAUUAUAGCCUGACAAGCUAUUUUAAAAAAAACCCUUCGUGCAAAAAUGAGUGCAUGCUUGAACAGCCUGGAUUUUGAGACUGCCAAGAACAAAAGGGGGGAAAUGGGAUUUAAAAAAAAAAAAGUCUGCAGCGUAUCCUCAGACCAAUUUUCUUGUGAGCUAAAUCUGCCAUUUGUGAGGUUCAAUUUCCUAUUGGAACUAAGCCCCGGUCUUGUUCAGAGCACACGGUAAAGAGAAGAAAAUGGGGGAAUGUUCAUUGGAAAACUUUCAUUAGGGUAUUGGGGGUACGCAGUGAUAUUUGUCAAGAUGUUUCUAUUUUGAGCCAGAGAUUCUAGCUACAAGAUCAAUUCAUCUGUGAGUAUCUAUCACACAAAGCCAGCUUUCCCCAAAGCUUUCUUUCAGAGCCAUUCUCAUACAGCUUGCCUCUCCACUAGAGUUCUCUUCUAUGUCAGAUUUUCCCUACAGUGUCAUCUCAUUCAUCUUUGAAGAAUCAUAUUCAGCUGUCACUUCAGUUAUAAGAUAGCACCUGCUUUAAAGAAGACACAGGAAAAAAAGUAUGUAAUUAUAGUAAUUCUAAUUGAACAGCCUUGGGAAAAUCCUCUGGGCCUUCUAUUUUUUAAUUAUAUUUUAGGAUGCAUAUUACAGUAUCAAAUAGAAUGAAUUAAUAUUAUUUCAGAUUUUAUUAUGACAUGAAAAACCCAUCAAGAGAUAAUACAGCAUGAUUACUUUUUAUCAUAUGUAAAAAUUCUAUUCUGUGUGACAUCAAAUUCUUAUACAGGUAGUUCUUGCUUAACUACAAUAAUUGGGACCAGCAACUCCAUCACUAAGCAAUACAAUUGUUGAGCACAAUGUCACUUGACCAUGCUGGCAGUUAUGGCAGUUCCGGUUGCUGUUGUUAAGUGACUCCUGUGUGGUCAUUAAGCAUGACAUCACAUGAUUACCAUAUGUGACUUCCUGCCGGCUUCUUUGCUUGUCGAAUGCUGGCACUGAAUGUCACAAAUAGUGGCUACAUGAACAGAGGAAACUGUGACCAUUAUAAUUGCAAACCAACCACCAAGCAUCCAAAUCAUGAUCAUGUGAUUGCUGGGACAGUUGCAACUACAAGGACCCAGUCAAAAGUCUCCCCAUUUUUGGCACAAUUAUAACUUCAAACAGUUGCUAACCAAGUGAUUGUUAAAUAAGAAACACACUUAAGUGGGAAACACUUAAAAUUUCCCACGGGUCAGAUCAAUUAUUGGGAUUAGUCCAGUUAAAAAUGGUUCUAAAACCACCAGUAACAUUUCUACAUUAAAAUGGCAACCUUGUAGUGUCUAAUGUUAUACAGAUACCUACAUAAUUAAAUUGCAUACAGAUUUUUACUAUUUCAGUUUUUCUAAGUCCAAAUAUUUAUUUCUAUGGCUAUUGCAGACACUAAGCCUAAAUCAAAUCAAAUAUGGGUAAUGUUGCAGUGAUCUCUUCACACCUAAGAACUCAGAGCAAUCAUCAAGUUUUGUUAUUUCAUUUUGAGAUUUUUAGGAUUCUAUUAGGUCCACCAUAUGGUAAGCAUGCAUACAUUUGUUAGUGAGAUAAUUCAGUAUUGGAAGGCUCAGUGCAUUGCAUCCAGUUAAAUAUAAUUUCAUUUUUAUUGUGGUUUAAAUCUCCAUUCUGAAUCUCUCAUUGGCCUUAGCCUUGGACUGAAAGAAAAGGAUGCCAUGGAAAUAACUUGAAAGCUGAUUUUUUUUAAAAAAAAACUUGCCUGCUCACUGCUAGCAAUGCUCCAGUAAUACACAGUAUGCUUCUGGGUGCCAUAGAAGAUGCUAGCAUUACUAUAUUAAAACCUAUUCCCAUACAAUCCAUGAUGCUUGAAGUUGAGUAUGUCAUAAUUAAAUCAUGGUCAUCUAUAGUAGGCAGAAUGACUUUCUCUAAAUCAGCUUGCUCUUCACGCAGGAUUUCUUUCAAUAGAAGCCCACCUAUGCUUUAAUCUUCAGACCUCCUGAAAAUAUAGGCCUUUUCUAUUCAUGCAAUCACUGGAUAGUGUGUACAGUGCAUUUUUUAAAAAAAGAAUGUGUGUUCUCCUUUUUUAUUAUUGAUAAUUCAACUAUUAAAUGUUUUGAUGUGCUUAGAAGCUGCCCCAAUUUCUUAGAGAUGGAUAGUGUAACAAUUGUAAUAUAAAAGUAAGUAAAUAAUCUUCCAUCAUCAAAGCAGAUAGUAAAAAACAAAUUGGAUUCUGAACUGAAAAACAAUGUGCAAAAAAUAACAUGUUCCUUUAAGGGGUAAUAAUUAACUCAAGCUAUAUAUUUUUCCCCAAUCUAUGUUGUUUCAGUGUGAAGUACAUUUCCAAGUAUGUCCACAAAACAUAAGUAUUUAAUUUUACUUAUCCUUCUGAAACCAAGAACUCUCAUUUUCCUGGGGGCAGAAAAUUUAAUUCUGCCUUUCACUGCUUGAGGGUGGUAUUAGUUACUGAAGUAUAGAAGAUAAGUAUAGAAGAUAACUGUCGGCUUAAAUUUGGGAAGAUCAGACGUACAGUAUAAGAAAUGUGCAAAAUCACUAAGAAAAUAAUUGCUUUUAUUUCAGGGAUAUAUGUUUGAUUAUGUUUCCUCCCAACACGGUGCAUGUAUUUUGUUUGCUAACUCACUCAAAGGAUGAUAAUUAAGAACACUGAUGUUUUUCUUAUGCUUCUAGUGAGUCUUUUAAACAAUUCAGGGAAAUGAACAAACUAAUAAAUAAACUCUAAGCGCUAA